AAGAAGCUACAUCUUUCCCUCAAGUCUGAUGUGGAUAGGUCUGCUUCGCCCUCAGACUUGAUGUACAGUUGACCGGAGGCCUGUUGGGACGCCUGUGAAGCGACGCGGGGACUCUUGGGAGACAGGAACCCGACGCACAAGAUGAGAUUUUCGGCGCUUGUUGCUGUGCUUCGCUCGGUCGGCCCGGUGAUAAUCGGCAUUUCUUUAGGGUUCACGCUGAGUUUACUGAGUGUGAACUGGACUGAGGAAGCGUGUGAACUAGACGGUAAGAAAGUUGAAGAUGUGACUCUGGGUCAGGAUGGACCGCUCAAAGGAGCCCGAAAGCCAAACUCCAUUUCCACUGCCAACGACGUGGAGUCCGAAGAGGAUUUUGAACCGAAAAUACUCCCAUAUAAACAAGUCCAGCAGAGUGCCCCAAAGAAAGUUUUCAGGGCAAAAUACAUAAGCACAGAGUUGGGUAUACGAGAGCGUCUGUUCGUCGGGGUCCUGACAUCCAAAAACAGCAUUAACACCCUGGGCGUAGCUGUCAAUCGCACCAUCAGCCAUCACCUGGACACUGUGGUGUUCUUCACUGGCAUGCGCAACCGCAAAGUCCCCCACGGCAUGUUUGUAGUCUCCCAUGGAGACGAGAGACUGAUAUGGAACAUGUUUCAGACCAUCAGAUACAUUUUCGAACAUUAUAUCAAUGAAUAUGACUGGUUUUACUUUGUCCAAGAUGAUGCCUACAUAGAAGCUGACAGGAUCAAAGAGCUCGUGGAUCAUAUGAGUAUGGAUCGAGAGCUUUACAUGGGCAGUCCUGAGGAGUUCAUAGGCGGGGAGAUGGAAGGGAAGUACUGCUACGGAGGAUUCGGGUACCUCCUCUCACGGACUUUGCUCCUGAGACUUCAACCAUUCCUAGAAAACUGUAGGAAUGACAUCCUGAGCGCUAGACCCGACGAAUGGCUCGGACGAUGCAUCAUUGAUUACACCACCGUAAACUGUGUCAGUGAAUAUGAGGGGCUUCAAUACCACCAUUACGAGUUGGGAAAAAACUCUGAUCCAAGUAAAGAGCAGAGUGAGCAGUUUAAGAAAGCCCUGACUGUCCAUCCAGUGUCUGACCCUGAGCAGAUGUACCGACUGCACAGAUACUUCACUGAGAUUGAACUGCAGAAGACUUACGAUGAGAUUGCUAAGCUGCAGGCAGAAAUAAAGAAUGUGAGCGUGGUUGCUUUUGAGGGCAACCGAAGCGCCCACUGGCCAGUGGGGAUCAAUCCACCCUUUGAGCCGAAAUCUCGGUUUGAAGUUCUGAAGUGGGAGUACUUCACAGAGAAGGACAUUUAUUCAUGCAUCGAUGGCUCCCCUAAGUGUGAGCUACGCGGCAUUGACAGCAUGGACGUGGCUGAUGUCAUCGACAUAGCCAUGGGAGAGCUGAACAAGAAGUACAAGCCUGUGUUACAUCUGAAGAAGCAGCAGCUGAUUAACGGCUACAGGCGCUUUGACCCUGUCAGGGGCAUGGAGUACACCUUGGACUUACAGAUGGAGGUUGUUAACCAGAAAGGUCACAGCCGUUCCAUCACCAAGCGGGUUCACCUGGUGCGACCUUUGAGUCGUAUAGAGAUCAUUCCCAUGCCCUAUGUCACUGAAGCUACAAGGGUUCACAUCAUUAUACCUCUCACCAUGCAGGAUCGGAGCUAUGUUGACCAUUUCCUAGAAGUCUUUGCCUCUAAUGCCUUUGAGACGAAUGAAAAUUCCAUCCUAACAUUAUUAUUUAUUUAUGACCCAGUAGAGGCACAGCAAGUUAACCAGAAUGACAUAUUUGCCAGCGUGAAGACUCAGAUAAAUACUUAUGAACGCAAAUACCCUACUGUGAAAAUCCCAUGGAUAAGUGUAAAGACGGAAACACCAUCCCAGAUCAAAUUCAUGGACAUUAUCUCAAAGAAGCACCCGGUCGACACGCUGUUCUUCCUAGCAAACGUCAACACAAAUGUCAACUCUGAAUUUUUGAACCGCUGCCGCAUGAACUCCAUUAACAACUGGCAGGUGUUCUUCCCCAUCCAUUUCCAGGACUUCAACCCUGAUGUGGCGUAUCACAACCAGCAGCGUCCAACCACAGUCGAUUUGGUCAAAGAUGCUGGUCAUUUUGACCGCAAAUCAUUUGAAGAGGCUUGUUUUUACAACUCUGACUAUAUGGCAACACGCACACGAAUGGCGGCGGACGUCCAAGAAAAUGAGGAGAUACUAGAGACCCUGGACAUCUACGACAUGUUCGUAAAGUAUUCCAGCCUGCAUGUGUUCAGGGCAGUGGAGCCUGCGUUGCAUCAGCAGUACCGUUACCAAGCCUGCAAUCCGAGGCUUAGUGAAGACAUCUAUCAUAGAUGUGUUCAGAGCAACUUGGAAGGUCUCGGUUCUCGCUCCCAGCUCGCCAUGCUGCUUUUUGAGCAAGAACAAGGUAACAGCACAUGAAAACACCAGAGAAACGUCUACGCCUUCACGAGUUAAAAUGGAUGUUAACAGCUGUGUAAUUCUCUAAAUAGCCUCUUGGUGCAAGCUAGAAUUUGGUAUUUGAAACAUAAACACAAGCAACACUUGCAUUCAUUUUAACUAAACAAUGUGUUUGGGUGUUGGUUUAACACAGCUUGACAUUCUCCAUCUUUCAGUGUGCAUCAAAGGUUAUUUGAUAUUUGUAACUUUUUAGCUAGUUUGGAAAUUUGAAUGCAGUACAUUCCUAAUGGAACCUUUUUCCUGAAAUGUUUACAACACUUGUCCACACAGAUGAGUUGCUAAACCAAAUGUUUUUGCUACUCUGAUGAUUCCUGAAACAUGGGUUGACUAAUUAUUGUGCACUAGGUUCCAGCAGUAGCUUCAGAGCCUUGACGUACCGUUGGUUUAUCCAGUUCCUAUGAUUUAAGGUGUCCACCACUGUCACAGGACAACAUAAAUAACCCAUUGGAGUCAUAUAUAAGUAUUAUUCCAAUAUUCAGUAGGAUUUUUAUCCUGGUUUUGUGCACUCCACUGUUUUGCACUACGUGGGUAGCAUACAGCAGACGUGAAAUUAAGUGCAGGAUAUGGCUGCCUUUGGAUAUGUCUGAUGAGCCCAAAACAAGUGAACCAAAACAAUAAUUUGAAAGUGGCAGAAAGUGGCAGUGGCGUCAGAAGUACUAAGCAGUCAUUUGAUUCAAUGUUAACAUCAAAGCUAUCUUUAAAUGGAGCUGUGGUGUGUCACUCUAAUGAUAAAUGGCAGCACAUAGUCUGUGUGUCCCUUCACAAAACAGCAUUGAAAUACUGAGCUUUUGAUAUUUACUGAUUUGAGUAUUUACAAAAGCACACUGUACAUGUGCCUUGACUUUUCAUAUGCUGGCUGUGUUGAAAUUAUUUUUUUAUGCAUCACCGUUUUGCAAUCCACCCCUCAGGGGAUGCCCAGCUGCUGUUUUUCGUCAGAAUUUUGGUAUUACAACAUGAUUACCCAAUACGAACGGAUGGAAGGUAUUAUCUUUUCACUGUAGAUAAAGCCUGUUACAUUAGGGGGAAUAAUUUAAUGUGUUGUAUUUAUGGAUGAUUUGGAAAUGUUAUGAUCCUUUCCACAUAUUUUAUACGUGCCUCAAAGCAGGGAAUGAUGUUUCUAGGAAGUGUGUCCUGUUGGUCUUAAGAGGUCAUAGAUGAGGGCUAGUGUACGUAUACCAGUAUACAGUCAGCCAGUGUGUAUCAGAGUUAAAUUCUUCUCCUUUGAACCGUUUCUUGAUGUUGCAAGAACAUGUACCUACAAGAGGUUAAAGGAGAAUUAUGACUAAUGGGCGAGGGGGGGGUCACCUCGGUACAUGUUUGAAGUGAUUGCCCAGAUGUGUCUGUUUCUUUUUUCAGGAUUCCUUCAUGAAGUAAGUGGUACUUUGAAACAGUUUUUUAACUUGUAUUGAAUUUAUUGAAUUAAGUGUGUGAAGCAUUUUUGGUAAUGGUUUAUUUUACAGGUCUCCUAAUUUUAUGCUAACUCCUGGUGUAUUGCAGAUAUUUAACAAUUAAUUUUUAAAACAUUUUACAAAGAGGUGCAAUACAGAUUUAUAAUUUAAAAACAGGAAAGUGUUGGUGUAGUUGCUAAGUACCCUCUCAGUAUAUUUGGGUUAAUUAAACUCUUGACAAACUGACAGAAGAUAUUAGUUUGUUUACUUGUUUUCAGUGUGUAGUUUUGUUUGUCAAAUUAAAUAUUUGCAUAUUAGGUUUUUUUUCCAACACGUUCCUAAAAAACUUGGGAGAUUUCUUUUAAAGUGUUGUGUAGUGGUAUGCAGGAUACAUGCUUAUAAUGGAGUUUUUAAGAAACAAUCUAAUCUGCUAAUAAGGUAUGUAGUUUGACACACAAAACAACACAUUGAAAACCAACUAAACCAACUCAACACUUUUUAGUUUUUUCUUACAAUUUAUACCAAAUUGCACCACUCUCUCUGUAAAUUGUCCAUGAAAUUAACCAUUAAAUCCCUGCAAUUUACUCAGAAAAUGACUAGGAAAUUAGUAUGAAAUUAAAGGACCUGUAACAUAAAGUAUUACCACGUUUAUCCAUGUCACCAAGUAUAGCAGUUUGUAUAUAGUUCUCUAAAACUGAUGUUAAACUGUUCCAGAGUAUUUUGGACUGUUUUGUUUAAGGCGUUGUAAGUUAUUGAAUGAGGCCAUUGUUCUCCAUCUCCUGAGCUCAGUUUUAGAAAUGGUUCUUUUCUUCCAGACUCAGUGCAAUCCAACGGGAGGCCUUUUCUACAUUAGUGAGCGGUGGUGGAGGUAGCAGUACUGGACACAAGAAAGUUAUUAGUAGAGGUUAACGAAAAAGUGCAAUAUUACAGAUAACGCAACUGGAUAACUUCCCAAUGGAGGAGAGAAUUUUUAAUUCCAGUGACAAUUGCUGCAAGUCGAGCAGUGUGUGCAUCACAAAACUCUGUUACGUUGCAUAAAUUAAGACUCAUGCUGUGUGUUAAGUAAAUACACUGUAUUUUUUUGACAAGACCUUUAAUGUAUUUUGCUGACACUAGACACUUUUCAUCAUGAAAUUUACUGUAAAAUACAUAAAAUGAAGGCAAGUCCUUUCUAUUUAAAUUUAAUUGGAAUGAAAGUAUAUGUUGGGAACACUACAUCGACAAUGGUGAUCCUACAUUAUGUUUGCUGUAUUUUCUACCAUGUGUGCACAGACCAUGGAGGUCUGUUGUCGCUGACCUCCUGCAUCCAUUUUAUAACGCAUCUCUUUGUUGAGAGAGCAGUUGUCCACAGUGACAAAUACUGCGGCUGACAUCAUAUGAAUGUUCUCCGUGAUUCCUCGAAGAGUAUGACACUAAUAAUGUGCGUUGUUGUAAACAGAAUCUUAAAAAAAAAAAAAAAAAACUGUGAAAAACGGAGGGCUGAAAUUACAAUAUGAAGUUAUUGUGGGGGUGUACGUCGUCAUUGCCUCCUGUAGAUAUGAGAAGACUACAGUUAAGGGAGCAUGGCAGACUAAUCGCCUUGUGCUGUUAACACAGCCGCCGUCACUGAGUGGAGUCUCAGUAUUUUGUCCAUAACUUAUUUAUCUGUCACUUCUCUAUAAAUGUUGCAGAUUCUGAAUACUUCCGCACUAACAGAGGCUUUCCUGACAUUCUCUGUAUAUGUAUAAAUAUUUUAUAUAGACUCUAUUUUUAAACCUUUUUUUAGCUUUAUUUACACAGCAAUUUAUAUUUUAUUAUUUUUGGUGACAAAAUUAUAUAUAUUCUCCAUCUAGCUUUGUAUUUUGUGUCAUGUCGUCUGACAAUGAAGACAAUUCAAAAUUUGUGCAUUUCACUUUUCAAUCAAGUAAUUCAUUUCAAAAACUACAAAGGUACACAUUUUUCUUUUGGUUUACAUUAUAUUAUGCAUAUGGGUACUAGUAUAACCAAAGCAAUACAUUUUAAUUAAUGCUCAUCACAUUUAAUUGUGUGCUGUA